AUGUCCACCGAACCCAGCAUAGAAACGAUCUCCCCCCAAAACGCCCAUAUCGCCAACGAAUCCCACUCAGACCACGGUGACAUAAUUCGUGACAUCAUAAUCGGCUUCGCCGAUGGCCUUACAGUCCCCUUUGCCUUGACAGCUGGCUUGUCAAGUCUCGGCUCUUCAAAACUUGUGAUCGUCGGCGGUCUUGCAGAACUAUUCAGCGGGGCAAUAUCGAUGGGGCUCGGUGCCUAUUUGGCUGCCGUUACGGAUAGAGAUCAUUAUAAGAACGAAAUUGCUAGAGAGAGGAGAGAAGUCUCAGAAAAACCGGGGGCGGAGAAAGAGGAGAUUUUUGAUAUUUUUGCAGAAUAUGGGAUAAGUAGGGAGGCGAGUCAGGGGGUGGUGGAUUGUUUGGUUGCGAAUGAGGAUAAUUGGAUAAAAUUCAUGAUGGCCUUUGAACUCAAACUCGAGGAGCCAAAUGUCUCUCGAGCGUGGAUCUCCGCUGCAACGAUGGGACUAUCCUACUUCAUCGGCGGCCUCCUCCCCAUGAUCCCAUACUUCGCCAUGACCAACGUAACUCACGCCCUCUUCGUCUCCAUCGGAAUCACCUUUGUGAUACUCGUCGUGUUUGGUUUUAUAAAGAACUACAUCGUAGUCAAGACUACUCGUUCCGGGCUAUGGGGAGCCUUGCAGACGUUGAUUGUUGGUACAUUGGCUGCAGGGACGAGUUAUGGUAUUGUUUAUGGGAUUGAUCAUAGUAAUAUUGGUUAA